AUGUCCCCGGCCAUCCAGGCUGGCUGUCACUCGCUGCUGUGGCCACCGCUCCCCUGCGUGGCGGCUCUUCGGAUGCAGAGGAAGGAAGAAAGGUCACAGCUCGUCCCCACGACCCAGACCCUCAGCCUCGCUGGUGCCCAGACCACCCAGCUCCUGGUGGAGCCCCCCUGGACACCAGCAGUGUUAUGGGACCGGGUGACACUGACCUGCCAGGGCUUGGGGACCACCGGUGCCACCACCUGGUACAAGGACAGGCAGCGAUGGGAGCAGAACAGACGAGACCAUGUCACUGUCACUGAGAGUGGUACCUACAGCUGUGAAAGACCCGGCAGUGGACGCAGCUCCCCCGUGAGUGUCUUAAAUGAUCGGCUGGUGCUGCAGGUGCCAGCACGGCCAAUGCUGGAGGGGGACACAGUGACACUGCGCUGCCGGGGCUGGCGGGAUAUGCCGGUCUCCAAGGUGAAAUUUUAUCGAGAUGAGAAGGAUCCAGGGGGGUCCCUCAGGGGGACCGAGCUGUCCCUGCCCCCCCUGCAGCUGCACCACAGCGGCCGCUACCACUGCAGGGGUUUGGUGAACUUGUGGCAGUCACAGUCAGCGCCGGUGACAGUGACAGUGCAGGAGCUCUUCUCGAUGCCGAUGCUGGAGGGUCCCCCUGAAGUCACUGAGGGGUCCCCCCUCAAUCUCAGCUGCCUCAGCACCCCCAGCCCCCUGCGGCCCCGAGCCCCCCUCCGGCACCUCUUCUACCGGGACGGGCAGUUGGUGGGGGGCCCGCAGGGGUCCCCACAGCUCCUGGUGCCUGUCGUGGGGGUCUCCCACUCGGGGAAUUACAGCUGCCAGGUGCGCUCUGAGGGGGGAACCGUGCAGAAGAGCAGCGCCCGGCUCGGCAUCACGGUGCACAUGCCCGUGGCCAAUGCCACCAUCACCCCCGGUCCCCUGUCCCACCAGGUGCACACAGGUGACCCCGUGACCCUGCGCUGCUCGGUGCAGGUGGGCUCAGCCCCUGUCACCUUCACCUGGCUGCACAAUGGGCAGGAGGUGGCCCAGGGUCCCGUCCUGGAGCUUGGGAACGUCACUGUGGGACAUUCGGGCACCUACCAGUGCGUGGCCACCAACCAGCUGGGACAGGACAGGCACCGCAUGUUCCGGGCACUCAGCCCCGAGCUGGCCCUGGAGGUGACACCACAAGGGCACUGGAACACAGCAGUGGCCACAGGGGUUGGUGGGUCCCUCCUCUUCCUGGUCCUGCUCAUGAGUGGAGUUUUGGGCUGGCGCCAGUGGAACCACAUGGCUGCCACGAAGCAGCAGGAAAGGUGA